AUGGUUGCCAGGGCCAGGACCUCCGGGGCGAGCGACAAGAAGGCGACGGCCGCCAAGAAGCAGCAGGAGAAGGCAGCCGCUCGGAGACGUGUGAAGGAAGCGAAGAUGCAGAAGAAGGCGGAGAAGACGUUCGCCAAGAGCAUGGCCACCUUCGCUGAGUCGUCGUUCGAGCGAGCACGGGCGUUCGUGGACUCGGCACUGGAUGACAAUCCUGGGUGGGUCAGGCCGCUCGCGGACCUGAUUCGCGACGGUGCCCUGCAGACCUUGCUCAAGAGUGGCCAGUCGUCGGCCGAGGGCGGCGGUGGGGACGGUCGGACCCAGCCCAAAAAGUGGGCCGGCAAAGCCAAGACGUUCGGUGACUUGCCGGAGGAGGCGAAGGUGCACAUGCUCUCGAAGAUCGGCGUCGACAUUGAGUCCAACGGUGUGUCGGCCGACGUUCUGGACGGCUUUUUCGUCGUUCAGUUCUUCGUCGACCCCGACACACCGUUGCCGGCCGGUGCUCGGUCCUUCGACGUUCUCGAGAAGAUGGCCAAGCAGCGGUUCGAGACCCUCGGCGAGCAUCGUGUGGCACCCCAUGUGACCUCGGAGUUCGACUUCAAGUGCUUCGCCUUGGAGGGCGACCAGGUAACGAAUGCCCUGGACGGGGAGUCGGCCAGCCUUCCGUCGCUCGCGGUCGCGGGCGACGAGUGGGUUCUGGACGACGAAAGCGAGCCGACGGCCAGGGUGUCAUCGAAGGCCAACCCGCAUUUGUCGUUCGGUUGCCGUACCUUGUUCGACACAUUGCGGUCCAUCGAUCCCAAGGCCAAGUGGGUCAUGAAGAAGGACGACGGCCCGGUGCUCGGCCCUUCGUUGUCCUGUGCCUCACUUUCUGCGGGCAGUGCCUUGGCGUUUGCUGCGAACAAAGCUGCCCUGCUCAAGGAAGGCUCGCCCCUGAAAGGGGCCCUAAGCACUUGCAGUAGCCGGAGAAAGGACGUUCGCGAAGCAGAGGCCCCGGCGGAAAGGGCGGGCCAGAGAGAGGCCGUGCUGCGGGAGAGGGUGGUUCGGGCGAUCGUUCUGCCCUGUGGCCCUCACGGGUCCUUCAAGGGGGAGGUGUAUCAGUACACCACCCCCGUCGCUGCUCGCGACGGCCACUCGAGACCUGGUUUCUUCUUCUGGGUCUUCCGAUGGAUGAUCGAUUUCCUGGGCGGUGUGGGGAUCGCCAACAUGGCCGGUCGCUCGCGGGAGCCGAUAGCCAAUCGCACCGCAGCAGUCAUUUUUGAUGGCCUUUCGUCGUCUGAUGAGGAAGUUCAGAAGAUGGGCGAGGAGGCGAAGGAGGAGGACGAGGAGGCCAUCGCCUUGCCGGUCGCGGACGACCACUUGACGUCCUCCAGCAUGAUGGCAAAGCAGGUUGCCGUCAGUGCCAGGAAGCGGAAGGCCGCCGCCAACGACGAGGAUGUUCGCGAGGACGUUGGGGACCGGGAGGCGGAGGAGGAGGAGGAGGAUGAGCCAGCUUAUGGCGAAGGGCCCUCGUGCGAAUGCGAAAUGGACGUUCGAAAAGGCUGCUUUCAGGUCGUGCGGGGCGAGGUGUCGGUCCAGUCUCUCGUCAAGGAGCACGGCCAGAUCGCAGCGAAGAUCUUCAACAAGCAGGAGCAGGUUGAGGUGGUGGAAGCCUUGAGAAUCCUGCAAGCUGAUGCCGUUCGCAGGAGCUUGAGUCAGGACCGGCGGAGGGCGGCAGAGAAGCUGUUCGCUCGUUUCGUCCGGUCUCUCGCAGAGAGCAUCGACGACACUGUCGGCAAACCGCUCUGGACGGCCACUCGAGUGGAUGCCUUGGACCAGCUAAGGACGGCCCGAGGGUAUCGCAGAUCGUCGCACGGCUGCCAGGAAGCCAUUUUGGAUGCGGGUGGACAGGCAGGCCCAUCGAUCGCUGCGGCUCUCGUGGCUCAGAGCCAUUUCGCCUCGGGCUCGGGGGCGGCCGAGACGAAACGAAACAGGGAACGACCCUCGAAGUUCCUUGAGGCCGAGCGUUUGUCCUACGUCGCUGCUGGUCGCUCGGUUUUGGCACAGGCUCCCGUUCUCAGCGUCGUCGCUGAUGCUGUUCACGUGGGACAGGAGGACUGGCUGAACGUUUUCCUCUGCGACACAAGCGAGGACGUGAAGAAAGGGACGGCCAUCACGUCGGACGACUGGACGGACAUGUGGCAGGGCCGCAUCACGAAGUUCUUCAAGAAGGCCGGCUCCAAAGGUCGCUCGGCAGCGAAGACCACAGGCGGCUACAAGGAGCCGGAGAGGCUGGCCACUCAGGAGUGGCUCCGAGACAUGUCCCACAGCCUCGCGGUCGUUGGCUGGGGCUUUUCGUCCUUCCGACGGACGAGCGAGGCAGGCCGGCCGAGGGUCUUGAUCCUCUGCACGGAUCAGGAGGCCACUCAGUUGGCGGCCGUGAACUACUUGAAGUUCGGCCGUUCGCUGUUCGUGGAGCACGUCAACGACCCGGCUCACCGUUCCCACAACGACGUGAACCUCGCGAUGGCGGCGGCCGGUCUGCUGACGUUCGGCCUCGUGUCCAUCGGUCCAGACGAUGGCGGACGAGAUGAGUCGUUCGAUGAGCCCUUCGGAUCCGUUGCUGCUGACUUCUUUCCGGACAUUCUGGAGGACCAAGGCCGUUCGCAAGAGGACAACAACGAGGCCGAGCGACGUGCUUUUCUGGAGAGCCUGCCAAACAGGUCGUUCGUGAGAAGCAAGGGCAGCAAGGCCUCGCAGUCUCGCUUCAACAGUCUCUCGCAGGCCCAUGCGGAGCUCGACGGCGACUGGUCGGCCUUUUGCCUCGUGCUGGUCGCUCUCUGCGUGGCCGAGGGCUGGUGCACGACGGCGUCCCAGUUGUGGUCGCCCUCCGCUGGCAUGGCCGAGACGACGACGGCCGCCACGACCAGGGCAGCCGCCAAGUCGGCCGCUCGCAAGGCUCUGCAGCAGCAGAGGGGUCGUUCGGUGAACGUCUUGCACGGGAUGACGAUGUUCGCCUGCAACCAAGACAAUCGGUCGCUGGCCAGGUCCGUGUUUUUCGUGCUUCAACCGGAGAACGUUCGGUGCAGCACGAUGCUCGCAGACCUUCGGGCGGCCGAGGCCACCGUGAGCCAGUAUGCCAACUGGGCUCACUUGGAGGUCGCUCGCGAGCAUGUCGCCAAGCUGUCCAACCUGGCCGCUCUGAAGCGGAUCGGCCUUGACAUGUCCUUCGAGCUGCCAAAGGAGGAGGUUCGAGAGGACUCGCUGGCGUGGCAGGAUGCAGUCGCUCACAGAGUCGUUCGCCUGACACACCGUCUCUUGCGAUAUCGUUGCGGCAGCCAGCUGGGGUCCACGCACGGCUGGGGAGCAUCGGCCGGCUUGCUGCACGAGUCUGCCGCCCUUCGACAGUCCAGCCUUCGCUUUCUGGAAGAGGUGGAUCGCACGGUCAAGCGUGUGCAGGCCGAGGGGUCGUUGGAGGCGAAGCUCCUCUUGGACGGCCACUCUGCCACGGCGCCCGUGAUGGCCAUGUUGCUGUCCGAGUUGCGGGAGGCGUCGUUCGUGGAGGUUCCGCCGGGGACGUUCGAGUGGCUUCGCCGUUCGUGGAGCGGCCUGCUGAACUCGAAGCUCGUGGAGGACGCCAACAAGGUCCAACGUGAGGCCGAGCAGCGGAAUGGCACUUCGAAGACGUUGGGUCGUUUGGAGGGCUGGCACGGUCUCUCGAGAAAGAAGCUCUUGGAGCAGUAUCACAGGAGAGAGGUGCCGAGUGGCCGGAUGGCGACCGUGCCCGCGAAGUUCGAGGCCGACCCGUGGUUCGUGCGGCCUCAGCGGCUCUGCACGGACCCGGGCAGUUCGUCGGCCGCCGUUCGCGAGGAGCAGCUCACGGACCAGACCUUCCAGGACGACCUUCUGAAGGGCGUUAGCCAAGCGAGGACGUGGGCCUCUCCCACACCUGAGUCGGAACAGGACAAGCUGGCUGGGUUCUCGCUGCUCACCAAGGUCGUUCGGCAGAACAUGGACUGGUCCUUCGUGGAGAAGGGAUGGUGGGCAGCCUUGGCUCCCGAGGGACAUGCCUUGCAGUUUCCGACUGGACCACCGUUGUACGUGGUUCGCAGCUACAAGCGAGCGGCUCUCGUCUGGCCCGGCAAGUUGCAGACUUCCCCUGCCGGAGACAUCGUCGGCCUGGACCUGGAGAACCCACAGGUCGGUCUCGUGUCUCUCGGUGAGACCCGGGCCAUGGGAGUUGUCUUUCGGGUGCAGGCCCGAUGUUCCUUGCUUCAGCACCACGAGAAGUUCGGCUUCGCAGGCGUUCCGGAGUGGGGUCUGCGACGACUCGCAGAGGUGAAGGGAUGGCCGGCCGAAGCUGAGGAGACUGGCCACGAGGAGGACGGCCGCCUCGCCGUGGUGUGCCUCUUGUCUCUCCAGCCAACUCUGACGAAGGACGACGUGGUCAAUCGUCUCCUGUUUCGCCAGGACGUGGCCUCGUGGUCGGGCGAGUUUGGGGAGCUCGAUCUGACAGAGGUCGUGCGAGACACAAUGUUGGCGGCCGACCAGGACGUCGCCCUCCAACAACUUGCGAAGCGGAAAGCCGCUCGCGAGACUGCCGUGGAGAUCCGGAAGCGGGUCUCGCGGACUUUCGAGGCCGUCGCCAAGACCUUUGCCAGCCGACCCGAGUACAAAAAGGCAGCGGCAGCUCGAAAGGCCAAAGAGAAGCAGGCAUCGCAGCAGCAGAAGGACCAUGCCGCUGCGAUCAAGCGGUGCUAUGCCGCCCUCAGCUCGGACAUCGACAAAGUCGUGAAGGUCGGCGUUCCCACAGCCGUCCGAGUGUAUCGGGACGACUACAACGGCCGCUGGCGUCUCACGUACAGGACUGUCUGGGCUCAGGUCACUCGCAGCAUUUCGUGGACUGCCGUGGGCAGUAGGAAUGCCGCAGCGGAAGCCGUUCGCCAAGGCUGGCAGUGGGCGGAGACAUUCGACGGCAUGCCGAUGCCGGAGGAGGCAGCAGGCCUGUUGCAGAAGUUGGCGGCUUGA